AUGUCUCGUUUAGAAGCUAAGAAGCCAUCAUUGUGUAAAAGUGAACCGCUGACAAGUGAGAGAGUCAGGGCCACACUUUCUGUCUGGAAAGGAAUCGUGUCAUCAUGCUAUGGCCCUUCGGGUAGGCUGAAGCAGCUGCACAACGGCCUUGGAGGUUGUGUGUGCACAACUUCACAGUCCUCCGCCCUGCUCCGUCACCUCUCAGUCACCCAUCCCGUAUUAAAGAUCCUGACGACUUCCGUGCAGAAUCAUGUGUCAUGCUUCAGUGACUGUGGCUUAUUCACAGCCAUUCUUUGCUGCAACUUGAUUGAAAAUGUUCAGAGAAUAGGCUUGACACCCACCACUGUCAUUAAAUUAAAUAAACACCUUUUGCGUCUCUGCACCAAUUAUCUUAAGUCUGAGGCCUGUGGUUGUCGACUCCCAGUUGACUUCGGUAGUACUCAGAUCCUCCUCUGUCUGGUGCGCAGUGUAUUAACAAGUAAACCUGCCAGUAUGCUCACCAGAAAGGAAAUAGAUCACAUCAGUGCUUUGAUUCUGAAAGCGUUUUUGCUUACAAUUCCGGAAAAUGCUGGAGACCAUAUCAUUUUAGGAAAGAGUAUAAUUGUACCUUUAAAAGGUCAAAGAGUUACAGAUUCUACCGUAUUACCUGGACUGCUCAUUGAAAUGUCGGAAGUUCAAUUAAUGAAGCUAUUACCUGUCAAAAAAUCAGGUGCUCUCAAGGUGGCACUCUUUUGUACCACUUUAUCCGGAGACCUUUCUGAUCCUGGAGAAGGAACCGUAGUGGUCAGUUGCGGGGUUUCUCUAGAAAAUGCAGUUCUGGACCAGCUGCUUAACCUAGGAAGGCAGCUAAUCAGUGACCACGUAGAUCUUGUCCUGUGCCAGAAAGUGAUCCACCCAUCUUUGAAACAGUUGCUCAGUGUGCAUCGUAUUAUUGCCAUAGACAGAAUUGGAGUGGCCUUGAUGGAACCCUUGAGUAAAGUGACAGGAACACAGCCUAUUGGCUCCCUAGGCUCAAUAUCGCCUAGUAGUUAUGGAAGUGUGAAAGAUUUGUGCACUGCAAAAUUUGGCUUCAAGCAUUUUUUUCAUCUUAUUCCUAAUGAAGCGACCAUCUGCAGUUUGCUUCUGUGCAACAGAAAUGAUACUGCCUGGGAUGAGCUGAAGCUCACGUGUCAAACAGCACUGCAUGUCCUGCAGUUAACAAUCAAGGAACCUUGGGUUUUAUUGGGAGGUGGCUGUACUGAAACUCAUUUGGCUGCAUAUAUUAGACACAAGACUCACAACGAGCCAGAGAGUAUUCUCAAAGACGAUGGAUGUACUCAAACGGAACUUCACCUAAUUGCGGAAGCAUUUUGCAGUGCUCUAGAAUCUCUUGCUGCCUCUUUAGAACACGAUGGAGGUGAAAUUCUCACUGACAUGAAGUAUGGACACUUUUGGUCAGUUCAGGCAGAUUCUCCCUCCGUUGUCAACUGGCCGGAUUUGCUUUCACGAUGUGGCUGUGGAUUAUACAAUAACCGGGAAGAACUCGGCUGGUCUUGCUUAAGAAGCACACGUCGUCCUUUUACUCCACAAACCUGCCUUCCCCAUGAAGCUGCGGGCUCGGGCAGCAACCUGACUGUGGACUGUUUGACUGCUAAGCUUAGUGGCCUAGAGGUGGCUGUAGAGACAGCCAAUUUGAUUUUGGAUCUUUCCUUUGUCAUUGAAGAUAAAAACUAAUAGAAUAGCAUGUUUAUAUUACAAAACAAACUAGUCAUGUAUCAAUUAAGAAAUAUAGUGAGUAUGUUUGUUCUCUCCCAAAGGCCUGUUCUGCAGAUAAGAACAGAUGACUCAUAAAAUUAUAAAUAUACUUACUUAAGGAAAAAAGGUCUGAUUCAUGAAUAGAAAUGCCAUAAAGUAAAAUAAAAUGAAAAUGUGAAGCAUUGUUAUUAAAGAUAUUAUAAUUAUAUUAGGGAUUCCACAGUGACCAUAGUACGUUGUAUUAAUUUUUUGUUGUUAUUUUGACAUCAUGUGAAGAAUAUUCAGAAAUAAAAAAUUCCUAAUCCA